AGGUUGCAAUAAUUCUACCUUCUCCGAGAAACACAGAGAUUCCUCCCCCUCUUUUUAGCUCUCUCUCUCUCUCUCUCCUUUAUAUCUCUCUUGCUCUCUCUACAUUCACCCUUCUCAUCACCGAGCUAUCGCCGAAAGAAGAAGACAGAAGAAAGAGAAAUAGGCGAGGAAGAAUCAUCAAUCAAGCAAUGGAGUGGUGGGAUCGAAUGGUAUUUCCCAUGAAACAGGCUUGGAUCCGCGUAGCUCUUCGCUUCCGCGUAAGAAAAACCGGGUUGUGGAAGCUGAGGCAGGAGGUGAGCACGUGCGAAUACGAGGACGUGCACGUGAUGUGGGAGAUUCUGCAGAGGACCGAUAUGGAGAUCUCGACGUUAUCCCGCCGCCGGCGAUCUGGCGCGCGGUGGAGCGUGUUCGAGUCGGGGCCGCAUAGGCUCUGUGGAAGCUUCUGAGUUUUGAUUGCCGACGGGGGAGAGGAAGGAUUCGCGCGUGCGAGGGUCACGUGCCGUCUUCUCCUCCUUUUGUUUUGUUUUAACUCUGCUUUGUUUUGUGGUUGUAACGCACGUGCCGAGGGAUUUGUUUUCAUGUGA